AUGUCUGGGGACGAUUUUGUCUUCUACACCCACCGGUUUGUGAGUGAAGGUGAAUAUUUGGAGAUCACUGAAAUUUCCAAGGAGCAGUCUGGUGUAUAUGAAUGCAGUGCCAGCAACGAUGUCUCAACUCCAGAUGUUAGAAAAGUACAUGUUACUGUCAACUAUCCUCCUUUCAUCUCCAAUCCAAGGAACACAGGAGCACCCAUUGGCCAAAAAGGGAUCCUCCAGUGUGAAGCGUCAGCAGUGCCGUUUGCAGUGUUUGAGUGGUAUAAAGAAGACCGAAGGCUCCUGAAUGGAUUGAAUGGGGUUAGAAUUGAAAACAAAGGAAAACAAUCCAUGCUCACAUUUUUCAACGUGUCUGAGCAGGAUUAUGGCAACUACACCUGCGUGGCAAUAAACAAACUGGGGAACUCAAAUGCAAGCAUAAUACUGUAUGGUCCUGGAGCUGUGCAUGACAGGAACAAUGCUGCAUUUGCAACACACAGCUCCUUCUGCCUGCUCUUGACUCUGGUUUUGCAGUACGUUCUCAAGUUUUGAUGUAGUACCAGCGGUGGCAUUCCAGCUCCUUCAACAUUGCAGUGCUACAGACUUUUAGUUCAAUCCAAACGGUGGAAUACCAACAUUACAGAUGAUUUGCAUUUUAACAUCAAACCCAGCAGUGAAAUUGGGUAGGAGCUACUUAAAUAAAAUGCGUGGCUCUCCGACCUAAUUUUCUACGUUAAAAAAAAAAGAAAAGAAAAGAAUAAUAAUAAUAAUAAUAAUAAUAAUAA